AUGUCCCUGUCACACACAGCCGCCGAGUACAUGCUUUCGGAUGCCCUCCUCCCGGACCCCAGUGGCUCCCGUGCCAAGGGCUUGCGUCUGGAGCUGCCGAGUGACCGCGUGCUGAAGUUCAUCGCCGUGGGGCUGCCCCUCUUCCUCGUCUCUCUGGCCUUUGCCCGGGAGUUCUCUGCUGGCUCGCAGAUCAGCUGCUUCUCCCCCUCCAACUUCACGGGGAAGCAAUCUGCCUAUGCUGACACGGCUUGCUGGGACUCACUCCUCCACCACGGCUUUGAUGCAGAAGGACAUGCUGUCACCAAGUCCCUUUGGGUUCUCAAGGUCUUCCCGUACUCGCUGCUGGUGGUGGCAGUGCUCAUGUACCUGCCCUACCUGCUGUGGCGCUACGCAGCCACCCCUGCCCUUCACUCCGAUCUCCUCUUCAUCAUCGACGAGCUGGACAAGUCCUACAACCGCUCUGUACGCCUGGUACAGCACAUGAGGAAGGUCCAGCAGUCCAGCACUGAGCCAGAACAGUUUUGGGAGGAAUACGAGAGGGCUCGCCAGGAGAGGUACUUCGAGUUCCCACUGCUGGAGCGCUACCUUGCCUGCAAGCAGCACUCCCACUCCCUGGUCAUCAUCUACCUCCUGAGGAACCUUCUCCUGCUCUUGUUCUUGGCUGCCACUUGCCUCUACCUGGUCUUUCUCCAUCUCAACAUCUUCUUUCAGGAUGAGUUCAGCUGCUCCAUCAAAACAGGACUGCUUCAAGCUGAGCCCCAUGUCCCCCCGCUCAUCCCUUGCAAGCUGGUCUUCUUCUCUGUCUUCCAGCUCAUCAGCCUCACAGUUGGUGGUGUCUAUGUCCUCCUUAUGCCUGUAGUCAUCUACAAUGCUCUGCAGCUCUGCCAGUGGGACAAAGGGCUCCUCUCUGUCUAUGAGAUGCUGCCUGCCUUUGACCUUCUCAGCCGCAAGAUGCUCACCUGCCCCAUCAACGACCUCAACAUCAUCCUUCUCUUCCUCCGGGCCAACAUCUCCGAGCUGACAUCCUUCAGCCGCCUCAAUGCUGUCAGCGCCUUGCGGGAGGCCACUGCUGACAAGCAGGACAUCGAUACCGUUGUUGACUUCAUGACCCUGCUGGCUGGGCUGGAGGCCACCAAGCCAAAAUACCAGGCUUGUGUGCCCGUGGCCAAUGGCGAGGCCAUAGAAAUGAAGCCUGGAGUGGAAGCAAAGGGAAAAGCUACCCGUGACUCCUUCGGCUCUGCCUGA